UCGAGAAACCACAGAUAUCCCACCAAAUAACUUUAGGCAGUCUGUUGUUAAUGAUUCACCUAUGUCUUCUUUAAAUCCUUGGUCGCAAGGGAUUCUCAAUCUUAUUCGUCGCCUGAAUAAUUUUCGGUCAGGUCAAUUAGUUUCACAAUGCACACCAUUUCUUGUUGAUGGUAUCCCUGUGGGUACCAUCUCACCAUAUGUAUUGCCUCACCUGGAAAAACACACAGAUGUUUUCAAGCUAGUCAGAAACGAUGAUGGAGGCAUUGGUCAUGUGACUUUGGAUUCAAAUCUUCAGACUUUUGAACAAAGAACUAAAAAAGUUGAUGAUGUUAUGCAAGAAUUUAGGAGGAAAGAUUUGUUUUUGACUCUAAAGGGAUGGAGAGAUGAGAUGUAUGCUGUUAGUAGAUCAUUCUAUGAAAAACCACUUUUAAAGGUUGAAAGGUCAGCUGCAUGUCUUUUAGGAGUAAUUCAGUAUGGAGUGCAUUUAAAUGGUUAUUACAAGAAUGACAAGGGUGACCUCUACAUGUGGGUUGGAAGGAGAAGUUUGACUAAACAGACAUACCCUGGAAUGCUUGAUCAAGUUGUGGCAGGUGGUAUAAGUUGUGGAAUGGGUGUCAAAGAAACACUGGUCAAGGAAUGUGCCGAAGAAGCAUCUAUCCCAGAAAACCUUGCAAACCAAGCAAUCCCUUGUGGAACAGUAAGUUAUUGUUUGGAUAAUGAGAGAGGAAUUUUCCCAGAACUUCAGUUUGUGUAUGAUUUAGUUUUGCCAACUGAUUUUAUCCCAACUCCUAAUGAUAAAGAAGUCAGUGAGUUCUAUUGCUGGCCAAUUAACAAGGUCAAAGAGAUGAUAGUAACAGAUGAAUUCAAACCUAACUGUGCUCUAGUCAUCUUAGAUUUUCUGAUUCGCCAUGGAGUGAUAAGUGCUGACACAGAGCAAUAUUAUACAGACUUCGUUUCUGGCUGCCAUCAAACUCCAUUGGAUCAGUGGUAAAAGUUAAGGGAGGUAUUUUAUCCUGUUACUCCGAGACCUCCUACGAUCCCAAAUGUCAAAUAUAAAACUAGAGAUAUAUUUUACUGGGAAUGGGAAAUAUAGUAUGCAUAUGCACUCUACGGCCGAAAAUUGUAGUUUUGGAUGGUGGAGCGUUUGUUGGCGGUGAAAAUGAUACAUUUGAACUAAUUGACAGCGCACAGGACAUGCAGUUGCCAUAGCCAGCAUUUAAAACUGACCCAUUGGGCAGGUGUUACGAGUCAUUCCUACUUCAAGCAAAGACAAGGGAAAAAUAAUUAUUUACGAUAUAAAAUAGAUAAAAAUAAUGUAAAUUACUGACUUUUUCCAUUUUAAACUUUUCUUUUUUGUUAUUUAUUAGUCUUUUUGUGUAUUUUUUAAUUCAAAGUCUUGAAAAAAACUGUUCACUGAUGACCACGUACACGUAGUCAAAUCAUUCUUUUUGUGAAUAUUUCCCCCCCUAUUUUAUCAAAUGGCGGAUUUCUUAGGAGUACGAUGAAAAUAAGCUUGUCAUUUCAAUUCUUGAGAGGCUAGAGAUGCCCUUAACUACAAGAUAAAAAUUGAUAAAAAUUCAAAAAUAUAUUAUUUCGGAAGUCCUGUGUUAGGUGAGAGAGGAAAUUUAUUUUUAGUCCCAGAAAAAACAAUUCGUAAAAUUAAUCUAAGUAUUUAACUUAUCUGCGAAGGACCAAAACUUAAUUAUGAAAACAAUAGAAAAUUACGCAGAAUAGAAAAUUCGACUGAAAAUUUGCAUAAUCGGAAAGAGAGUUUAAGGAAUAAAUUCUAAGUAAAACUGGGAACGUAACAUUUAUGAAGAUUAUAAGAAAAAUCGAUAAAAAUAACGCUGUAUAAAUAAUGGUAUUAGACUGUCAUACUGACACUUUCUUGACAUUGCACUUGGUUGCCCUCUCGAAUAAAGCAUUUUUGGCUAAUUAUUCUUAUUUUUUCGUACUAACACAUUUCAAUAUUUUCUAAUCACUAGAGAUAGAAACGUUUCGGUAGGUUUCCUUGUAGAUAAUUGAAGCCAGAUAAUAAGCAUAAGUUUUGCAUCAUCUCAGACUUUUACACCUGUUAGAACCUUGGGACCGAUCUUUCGAGCCUUUGGUGUAGUUUUGGCUUCGAGUUUAAAAUGUUUUUUUUAUUCUCAACUAAACAAUAUUACUAUUGUAUCAGGGCAGGCACAAAAACAAGAGCAGUGCGUAUUCGAAUUUUCCAUAAGUACUAGAAUAAUAAAUUGUACGGAGAGCCCCAA